AUGGAUGCUGAAUAUUUCAGUGUAGUAAUGCUUCUACCAGACGCUGUCGCUGGUUUAUUUCUAGUUCUUAUUGGUUUGGUCGGUGUACUUCUUUACGGACUAAUUACCUACAGUAUGUUACAAAUGAUCGGCGAGAUUGUCGGAUUUCGAUUUCUUAUCAGUCAAGCGAUUACUGACCUUCUUUUAUUAUUACAGUUUGCAAUCUGGCCAGGAUUUACGAUUCUGAUUCAAGAUGAGGUACUACCAGAAGGAACCAGAUGGCACGUGCACAUCUAUCUCGACUUUACAUGGUGGGCGAUGGUCUAUCAUUACACUGUCGUGGCCUGGUCUCGAUGGGCCGCAGUGCAGUGGCCAAAUUGGUUUCGCGUACUAGCACCUACUACGUGCCUAGCCAUUUGUGCAGCACCAUGGUUGGCAGGUCUUGUGCAGUCCAUCGUAGAGCAUCAGUUUGACUGGUUUGUACCGCUCUAUUUCAAUCCAAGUCGAUACGGUAUGGAUGCUGACUGGGUGAAAUACAAUGAAUCUGGUACUAAUACCUACUACAUGGUUUGUAAUGUGGUACUGAUGGUACUACCUUUUCCGUUCUACGCGGCGGCACUAAUCAUCCUCUUUCGACGACAGGCUGAGCGGACUAUCAAGGCCAGAGUGCAUACCACACGAAGUACCACACCCGCGCUGCUGUCAAUCCAGCGUCAGAUGAGCAUUGAGACUCGCCUUUUGGUGCCAUGCAUCAUUAAUACGAUACUUUUCGUUGUGGGACAGGUUUUCAUUUCACAGUGCUCGAAACAUGGAAAAUGGAUGAACUGGGCAGUGAUGGUUGUAUUUGCUGCAAACUCACUCGUAAACCCACUACUCUACCUCUUUUUCAGUAGUGUCAUUCGUAAAGGAGUGAUAUCAGCUUUUCGUGACAACCUGGCACUUUCGGCAAUCUACGACUAUGAACUGCGUUCUUCAAGUGGCUGUGGCAGUGAGCAACGUCAUUCACUGAUACGGUUGAACCGUGAUUCGACGGUCACGUCACAGUUGAAUCGUGUUUGCUCAUCGCGGUAA